AUGCAUGUGGAAAUUAUGUUUCUUGUGGAAGGAAGUAAUAGAAGCCUAAGAAUGAGGAAAUCUAGUCCAUGGAUGUUUAUACCCAUUGUAACUAGUAUUGGUGCAGCAGUUGGACUCUGGAUUGUGUACGUGAUUGCAGUUCAGCAGAAAAUAAUUUGUAGGCUUGUCUUACAAGAUGGGGUCGAUCAAUGUGAAUUGCGCCCUCCUUUUAUAAGUGUUGCAGCUGACUAUCCACCAGCAAGUUCUUUCUUCGCUCAAAUUGGGAAUAUGGCAGCAAGUCUAGUGGCUGCUAUUGGUAUACUUCGUUUUUCACAACUGAAGUCGAAAAUGAAGAAACCAUGGUUGAAUAUCUUUGGGGCGUUAGCAUCAAGUGUAGCAGCUCUUGGAAUUACUUUAGUGGCCAAUUUCCAGAUCUCUAAAAAUGAAUGGGUACACAACACAGGCACAGUUUUGGUCUUCGGUUUUGGGAUUGUAGUCUGCUGGAUCCAGGUUGUUUUAACUUUUCAGGCAAAUCUAAAGCAUGAAGGAGUUAAAGUUGGAAUAUUGCGUGCUAUGAUUGCAAUAGCUAUCUCCAUAACCAUCAUCCUGUAUCUUUUUCUGGUUGCACAACGUAAAUAUUUCCAUGGAGCAAGAACCCAGUGGUUAUGGGUGAUGCUUUUCCUCCUCUUCAUAGGGACAUUUGCAAUUGAAUUUCGAUAUUCUGAAUUUAACAUUCAAUGUACUGAUGAAGAAAGUUUAUCAAAAGUCUCCACCAUCAUUGCUGAGUUCCAAUAGAGAUCAUUUUACAGAAAAUUAUUAAUGAGACUGUCAUUCCAGUAGUCCAGAAUAUUAAUGGAUAUGGUUCCUAACUCAUAAAUUGACAUUAAAUUUAAUGUUUUAAAACUUCA